AUGUACGAUGGUUAUAUAAAAGACGGCAUGUUUUGUGCCGGAUAUGCAGAAGGUGGCAAAGACGCGUGCCAGGGCGAUAGCGGCGGACCAUACCAAGUUGCUCGCAGUGAUGGUUCAUGGGAAUUAUACGGACUAGUGAGUUGGGGUGAUGGGUGCGCUGAACCUAAUAGACCCGGCAUCUAUACUCAUAUUCCAACCUAUGUUGAUUGGAUAAAUGACGUAAUAGCGUCAACAUAA